UCUGACGUUGCGCUUGCAUGCCCUUGCUCUUGCUGCUGUGGAGGUCGGUCGUUCCAGGCGAGAAGAUGCGUUACGGGGCGGUCAUGCUGUGCUUUUCCCUGCAGGCGCUCGCUCUCCUGACUCUCCGGGCGAGCGGGCAGCAGAAAGGAGGCGCCUCUGCGGACGACGUUCAGAUGGAAGUCGUGUACGUCCCCCAAGAGUGCCAGCAAAAAAGCAAGAAGGGCGAUCUGCUGAAUGCCCAUUACGACGGCUACUUGGCCAGUGAUAAAUCCAAGUUUUAUUGCAGCCAAACACAAAAUGAAGGCCACCCAAAAUGGUUCGUUCUCGGUGUUGGGCAAGUCAUCAAAGGAUUAGAUAUUGCCAUGAUGAAUAUGUGUCCUGGAGAGAAACGCAGAGUGAUCAUUCCUCCUUCGCUAGCUUAUGGGCAGCAAGGAUACGAACCAGCAAAAAUUCCACCGAACGCGACACUGAUCUUCGAGAUUGAACUGUAUGCAGUGACUAAAGGACCACGCAGUGUUGAAGCUUUUUCUCAAAUGGACCUGGACAGUGACAAAAAACUCUCAAGAAAUGAGAUAAAUGAUUAUUUGAAGAGAGAAUUUGAAAGAGAUGGAAAGAAACGUGACCCGUCGGUUCAUGAGACUAUUUUGGUUGAUAUAUUUAAAAAGAAUGACCAUGACGGAGAUGGCUUCAUAUCUGCCAGAGAAUACAAUGUCUACCAACAUGAUGAACUAUAACAGCAGAGUGCUAAGAGAUCUGUUCAUUGCCUUAUGGACAGUAAGGGGCCCCAAUCUACCAAUUCUUCUUAAGUGGACAUCUGGUUUGAAUGAGCACGAGGGCUUCCCUAUCCACUUCAGUGGAGUGGACAGGGCUGUGCUCAUAACCCACUGCCCCCUCCAUUGAAAGCAGUAUGAAAGUUUGCUUUUGCAGGAGCCCUUAAUGCACACCAUAGUCAAGGUGGAGCUGUGGAUUAUAGGUGGUUAGUGUAGCAUUGCAGUCCAGUAAACAACUAUGUUCUCUUCCGUCCCACUGACAUCUCUGGGUUUUGCACGCACAACUUCUGCCUUGGAUUUACAGCUGCAACAUU